AUGGCAGACACCGAGAAGGCAGAAAUAAAGACAGGGAGCGCCGAGGAUAUCUCCAUUCACAAGGAAACUGAUACGGGGCCUGAGCCCGGAGGCCGCCAGGCUUCUGAAGAAAACACCAUCAACCCAAAAAAUGAAGUUAAAGGAAUUAGGCUUGUCCCGAUAUUUACAGCCGUUUGCAUGUUCACAUUUCUUGUUGGACUGGACCUAAACAUGAUAGCAACAGCUAUUCCUAUCAUCACCGAUCACUUCAACUCCAUCACAGACGUGGGGUGGUACGGAUCAUCCUUCAUGUUGGCAUUGUGCUCUACUCAGCCGUUGGCAGGUAAAAUCUACGUUCUGUUUCCCAAAAAGCUGGUGUACCUAGUGUACGUUGGCAUCUUAGAGGUUGGCAGCCUCGUCUGCGCAUUAGCGCCCACAUCCAAGGCCCUUAUCGUAGGCCGCGCUGUGGCCGGCCUAGGAGCGUCGGGCAUCUUCGCGGGUGGCUUUAUCGUGGUGACUACCAUAAUCCCGCUUCAUAAGCGUGCCAUCUACACAGGUACUAUCAGCUCGACCUUUGCUAUAGCGAGUGUCGUCGGCCCUAUCAUCGGAGGCGCCCUAACUGAACACGCUACAUGGCGAUGGUGCUUCUAUAUUAACCUCCCUAUUGGUGGGUUCGCCGCCCUCCUCUUUGUACCGUUUUUCCACAUCCAUUCCGACGCGAGCGAAAAGAUGCCCCUGAAAACCAAAUUAAAGGGCCUCGAUGGGCUCGGAUUCUUGUUAUUUGCCAGCUCCAUGACCAUGCUACUUCUUGCACUUCAAUGGGGUGGUGUCACGUAUGACUGGAACUCGUCCAUUAUUAUCGGUCUUUUUGUUGGAUGUGGUGCCGCCUUCGCGCCUUUCGUUGCGUGGCAGAUCUAUAUGAAGAAUGAUGCUCUCAUCCCCCCACGCUUAUUCACCGUACAUCGAAAUGCCUGGCUCAUCUGUGCAAGCUCCUUUUUCGUAAACGGCCCGUUCCAGGUUAUCAUCUAUUGGUUACCUAUCUGGUUUCAAGCAGUUCUCGGCGCCUCGCCCACCCAGAGCGGUAUCAACUAUUUCCCGACUGUGAUUGCCGAUGCGGUAGCCGCUUUCGUCGGCGCCGGCGUUAUUGUACAGGCUGUUGGGUGGUGGAAUCCUUUCCUUCUACUUGCUGAGGCGUUGGUGUGCAUAGGGGGAGGCCUCUUGUCCACCAUCUACCCGGAGAUAUCUAGUGGUCAUUGGAUCGGCUAUCAGAUUCUCGCCGGCUUCGGGUUCUCUUUGGCCGGUAAUUUGGCCCAUCUCGGUAUGCAGGCGUCUCUACCAAUAGAACUCGUACCGCUCGGUGCAACCACCCUUCUCACCAUAAUCUCAACAAGCUGCACCAUCUUCACAGCUAUAGGACAGACAAUAUUUCAAAAGCGGCUAACGGCUAAUCUGUCGGCUGUUGUAUCACCUGAAGUUGUACAAGCCAUUAUUUCCGCGGGGGCCACCAACCUUGACUCCAUCGUUGACCCUUCAGUGUUAUCAACAGUGAUCCGAGAGUACGGAAACUCGGUCACACAAGUAUUCUAUGUACCUGCUGGAGCACCUGUCCUUUCGUUCGUCCUUGUGGCCUUUACAAAGUGGACAUCUACCAAGAAGCGGCCCACUCCUACAUAG